AUGGAACGAACAAGGAUUGCAAAGGUAGAUAAUGUGACGCUCUCACGACGUGGAGAGCAAGUUCUCGGCACACUGCAUCUCACGCCCCACCACCUUAUAUUUUCACAUACCCCCCCUCCUACAACUACGGAUCAGUCUCAGGGAGACAAUAUAACCCCGAAACCCAAAGAGCUGUGGAUUACAUACCCGAUCAUUUCCUUCUGCACCUUCAGGCCUGCACCGAGUUCUUCGAGACAGCCCUCUUCAAUACGCCUCAGGUGCCGUGAUUUCACAUUUGUCUGUUUCUAUUUCCCUGAAGAAUCCAGGGCAAGAGAUGUUUAUGAGAGCAUCAAGUCAUGGACCUGCAAACUUGGACGGAUCGAAAAACUUUAUGCUUUCACCUAUCAGCCUCCACCCCCUGAGCGGAGUCUCAAUGGAUGGGCAAUCUACGAUGCGCGGAAAGAAUGGUUGCGCUUAGGAGUUGGGAAGGCAGAUGCAAACUGCAGUUGGAGGAUAUCUUCUAUUAAUCAGUAUUACUCGUUUUCGCCUACAUACCCUGCCCUUCUUCCCGUUCCUUCGGGCAUGUCAGACAAUACACUUAACUAUGCCGGAAGAUACCGAUCCAGAGCUCGAAUACCCGUCUUGACCUAUCUUCACCCUGUCAACAACUGUUCUAUAACAAGAUCCUCUCAGCCGCUGGUGGGUGUGCGUGGGAAGAGAAGCAUACAAGAUGAAAAACUUUUAGCCGCUAUUUUUUCGACGUCACGUCCGGAGAGGCCCCUUGCGAGCUAUACACCUACCUCUUCCUUAGAGGCUGACUCCUUAACUUCCAGCCAGGAAGAGCAAGCAGCUCCACCAGCGAACUUCGAAAUAUCCAACGCUGAAGAGCUGGAAGACGAGGUAAUUUCUGCAGCCCGGAAUGAAGAUAACGGAACACAGCCUCAGAUAUAUGGCGCACAGCAGCACAAUCUUAUUGUCGACGCUCGCCCAACCGUGAACGCCUUUGCUAUGCAGGCAGUUGGUCUAGGGUCCGAAAACAUGGACAACUAUAAGUUCGCCACCAAGGCCUACUUGGGGAUCGAUAACAUUCAUGUUAUGCGAGACUCACUAAAUCGAGUUAUUGAUGCUCUCAAAGAAUCUGAUGUGACACCACUCGGACCGAACAGAGAUCACCUUGCGAGGAGUGGCUGGCUCAAACAUAUCACCGGAAUACUCGACGGGGCCGCGUUAAUUGCACGCCAAGUGGGUUUGCAACAUUCUCAUGUGCUCAUUCACUGUUCAGAUGGCUGGGAUAGAACUAGCCAGUUGAGCGCUUUGAGCCAGUUGUGCCUUGACCCGUUCUACAGGACAAUGGAAGGGUUCAUGGUUCUGGUCGAAAAGGAUUGGCUCUCGUUUGGUCACAUGUUUCGCCAUAGAUCUGGGUAUUUAAGUAGUGAGAAAUGGUUUCAAAUUGAAAAUGACCGGAUGGGGAGUGAGACUAGCCGUUCGGGCUUUGGUGAUGCAGGUGGCGCAGGGAAAGCACUCGAAAAUGCCCUUCUCAGUGCGAAGGUGUUUUUCAACAGAGAAAACGCCAGUCGGGACUCGUUGGGUGAGUCGGAUGGGGAGAUACAGGUGUUGGAUUCAGAUAGCUCCAAGAAGCCAAGUACACGUAUAUCAACAUCGGUAAACGAAAUCGAGGUGACGAAAAUCAAGGAAACAAGCCCUGUUUUCCAUCAAUUCCUUGACGCGACAUAUCAAUUGAUAUAUCAGCAUCCCACACGUUUUGAGUUCAACGAGCGUUUUCUUCGACGACUGUUAUAUCAUCUCUACUCAUGCCAAUAUGGAACGUUCCUCUUUAACAGCGAAAAGGAGCGUGUAGACGCAAAAGCCAAGGAAAAAACAAGGAGCGUGUGGGACUACUUUCUCGCCAGGAGGGAGCAAUUCACUAACCCCCAGUAUGACCCUGUCAUAGAUGAUAAUAAGCGAGGUCGGGAACGGCUUCUUUUCCCACGCACCAGCGAGGUAAGAUGGUGGAGUGAAGCGUUUGGUCGAACCGAUGCGGAAAUGAAUUCUCCUCGCAGCAGCUGCGUGUCUCUGGAUAAGGACUAUCCCUCUGGCACAAGGACACCAGUUCUAACCGGAGUUGAUACUUCUGAACGCUCUUUCAGCAACCCUGGGGCCACCAACCCUCCCCCGAGCACUAGCACUAGCACGACGUCGUCAGGGGUGGCUGCGCUUUCUGCGGGUCUCACUGAUUUAGGGUUGCCAACCGGUCGGGAAAGCAGCCAGUGGCAGCGAGCGGAGUUGAUUGGAAAUAAAGAAAUGGAGGUUGAGAUGCAAUAA